AUGAACCACGCCAGGCCUCGCUAUGUCAUCGAACGUCCUGCAUAUUCGGUCAGCCUCUUCGAUGAAGAGUUUGAGAAGAAAAGUAGAAGUUACCCCGUUGGGGAAAAAUUGAAAAACCUUUUCAGAUGUUCAGCUUCCAGAUUCAAACUCAUCCUCUUUAGCCUGUUCCCAAUACUUGUGUGGCUUCCCAAGUAUAAAAUUAAGGACUACAUUUUGCCUGAUGUUCUCGGUGGGCUCAGUGCGGGGACGAUUCAAGUGCCACAAGGGAUGGCCUUUGCACUGCUGGCCAAUCUGCCUCCCGUCAACGGGCUCUACUCCUCCUUCUUCCCCUUGGUAACAUACCUCUUCCUUGGCGGUAUCCAUCAGAUGGUCCCAGGUACUUUUGCUGUCAUCAGCAUUAUUGUUGGCAACGUCUGCAAUGAGCUGGCUCCGGAGUCAGACUUCCAGUACUUCAACCAUACUACCAAUGAGACCACUGUGAAUACCACAGCCCUGGAAGCAGCCAGGCUGGAGAUCUCUGCCACGUUAGCCUGCCUGACAGCCAUCAUACAACUGUGCCUGGGAUUCGUGCAGUUUGGCUUUGUUGCUAUCUACCUCUCAGAGUCUUUCAUCAGGGGCUUCAUGACAGCAGCAGGGUUGCAGAUCCUCAUCUCCGUGCUCAAGUACGUCUUCGGCUUGACAGUCCCAUCUUACACCGGGCCCUUAGCUAUCGUCUAUACAUUCAUUGAUAUUUGUAAAGGUCUGCCCAAAACCAACAUGGCCUCCCUGGUCUAUGCCUUGGUCAGUGCUGUGCUCCUGAUCAUUGUCAAGGAGCUCAACCUAAAGUACAUGAAAAAGAUCCGGAUGCCCAUCCCCAUGGAGAUCAUCAUUGUAAUAGUUGCGACUGCAAUCUCUGGCAGCUUCAACAUGCCCAAGAAGUACGGCAUGCCAGUAGUUGGGAAGAUCAGCAUGGGGUUCCCAGCGCCAACCCUGCCCCUGGUGAACAAGUGGAAAGACAUGAUCGGCACAGCUUUCUCGCUCGCCAUCGUGAGCUACGUGAUCAACUUAGCCAUGGGGAGAACGCUGGCAGCCAAGCAUGGCUACGACGUGGACCCCAACCAGGAAAUGCUGGCCCUGGGCUGCAGCAACUUCUUUGGAUCCUUCUUCAAAAUCCACGUGAUCUGCUGUGCUCUCUCUGUCACUCUCGCCGUCGAUGGGGCAGGAGGGAAAUCACAAGUGGCAAGUUUCUUUGUGGCCUUGGUGGUUAUGGUGACCAUGCUGGCUCUGGGGAUCUACCUUGAACCUCUUCCAAAGUCUGUCCUGGGAGCCCUGAUCGCGGUGAACCUGAAAAACUCCCUCAAGCAGCUGGCUGAUCCCUUCUACCUGUGGAAGAAGAGCAAGCUGGACUGCUUGGUCUGGCUGGUGAGCUUCUUGUCCGCUUUCUUCCUGAGCCUUCCCUAUGGAGUUGCUGUGGGCGUGGGAUUUUCCGUGCUGGUUGUGGUUUUCCAUACCCAGUUCCGUAACGGCUCUGCCCUGGGCCAAGUAACUUCCACUGACAUCUACAAGAACCCUAAAGCCUACAACAAGGUACACGAACUUAAUGGGAUUAAAAUUGUGACCUACUGCUCGCCACUGUAUUUUGCCAACUCAGAGAUAUUCCGUGAGAAGAUUAUAGCCAAGACCGGCGUGGAUCCUGGUAAAGUGUACUUAGCCAGGAAGAAAUAUGUGAAGCGGCAGGAGAAGGGGACAGCACAACCACCAACAAAGAUACCAAAAUUCUUAUUGAGGCAGAACAAGACCUUGUCUUUGCAAGAGCUCCAGAAAGACUUUGAAAGCACCUCUCCAACAGAUACCAAUAACAACCAGACGACUGCUAAUGGUGCCAGCAUCUCCUAUGUCACAUUCCGUCCACCUGCCAACGGUGCUGGGCAAGUGCACACCUCCAGCGAGCUGGGCAGUACCACUACUCUGCAAGGAAGCACAUUCAGUGUCAUGCCCACAGCAGAUGUUGACCCUAUGAUGACAGCACCACCCUAUAUCAGCUUUCACACCAUCAUUCUGGACAUGAGUGGAGUGUGUUUUGUUGACCUCAUGGGCACAAAAGCACUGGGCAAGUUGUGUUCCAGUUAUCAGAAGAUUGGGAUUAAAGUGUUCUUGGCAAACGUGCAUGCUCAGGUGUACAAUGACAUUAGCACAGGUGGAGUCUUUGAGGAAGGAGGCCUGGACCGAAGUCACAUCUUCUUGACGAUCCAUGAUGCUGUUUUGUUUGCACUGGCCAAUAUCAAAGAAGUUGUCCACCCGCCCAUCUUAGAAGAGAUGCCAAACCAGACAGAGCUCUCCAUCUAUGAUGAAUCCGUGGAUGAAAGCAGUGCAGAGUUCAAGAACUUGGAGGAGGAGAUGUUUGGAAGCAUGUUCCACUCAGAGACCCAGACAGCUCUGUGAGCACACAGAGAGCGUCAGCA